AUGGCACCAAUCAGCACUUCAGACCUCCGGCGCCAUCUCGAGUCACUUCUGCAAGAGCCUUACGAUGAGAUCUACAACCUCACCUUCGCGGCCGAGUCAAAAACCCACACGGUGACCGAGUCUUGGAAGCCACCUCACCUGCUCCAAGUAGAUCGAGCGAGCCGCCUCACAUUCGCUGCUUCCUUCUUCCAAGACGCUACCUUCGUCUUCCGUAGUGCUUCGUUUCCAUGUGAAGCGAGGAAUAUCGCGUCCUCGUGGCUCAAAUCGCAGAGCCCGAAGAAUCUCGAGCGUGUCAAGGAGAUCAGGCCCGUUUUCAAACGGAGGCCGCACAAGGGACACAGCCACGACAGCGCAGACCGGGCCGAAAUCGAGCGUCAAAUGCUGAAGCUCAUCUUGGCUUUGAUGCAGACUGCCAAGGACGGGCAAGGCAUACACUUUGACCACCCCGCUCACCGACUCGCGAAGAACGCUUGCGCGAUGGUAGUUGGGUGA